AUGCAUUAUCAUCUGUUCUAUGUUCAGCGGCAUGUAUAUAAUGCGUUGGCCGUCACGCAACCUUGAAACUUCUCGUCGUGACCAUUUCUGAGUUUCGUUUCUUCUGCAGUUGCUAUGCUGCAAUGGAGGGAAACCCGAGGAUGCAUCAAGGAAACAAUCGCGAUAUUUCUGCUGGCGUGGUGCAACAUUGAAAGAUGGGAACUUGCAGAGUUCUCACCCGUGUUUGCAGGCUUUUGACGAGGCUUAUACCGCAAGUAGUUGGUUCAAUGCUGAAGCUGCAUCACAAAAGGAGCUACAAAUUAUUGCUGCGAAGCUACCACCCGGUGUACUAAUCACGUCCAAUCAUGGUUGGAAAAACGAUGGAGAGUAGGGAGGAAGCAGAUGGGUGGCUGGUUCACGAUGGCACUGUGGACUACAAGGGUAGGAAAGCAGACAAGAGACACACCGGAGGCUGGAAAGCCGCGCCGCUCAUCUUCGUGACGGAGAUGUGCGAGAGAUUGGCAGCCUUUGGGAUCGGGCUCAACCUGGUCACCUACUUGGUUACAAACCUCCAUCUCCCAAUGGCUUUCUCUGCAAACAUCGUGACGAACUAUCUAGGCACCGCAUAUUUGACGUGCUUGCUCGGAGGAUAUAUUGCAGACACAUACAUCGGCCGCUUCCGCACAAUUCUCCUCGGCGCUGUUCUUCAAUUUCUGGGAAUGGUUGUUCUGACCCUCUCCGCAACAUUGCCAGCCUUCCGGUUGCCUCCUUGCUCCGGCGAACCCGGGGCGUUGCAUCCAUGUCAACCUGCACAUGGCUGGGACAUGGUGAUCCUUUAUGUCGGCCUCUACUUGGUGGCCUUCGGCACAGGCGGCAUCAAGUCAAGUGUGUCGCCCCUUGGGGCAGACCAGUUCGAUGAGAACGAUCCCCGAGAGAAGAAGCUCAAGUCGAGCUACUUCAAUUGGUUCUUCAUGGCCAUUGAAGUUGGCGCCAUCCUCUCUGUCACUCUUCUCAUCUACAUUCAAAUUAAGCUUGGUCGCGGCUGGGGAUUUGGCAUCACUGCUGGAGCUAUGUUAUUUGCAAUUGCUGUUCUGGUCGGAGGUGUGCCAUUAUACCGGUACCAAGUGAGUUAUAAACGCAGCCCGAUUGCUCACGUUGUGCGUGUAUUUGCUAAUGCUUUUCGCAACCGCAAGCUGACGACACCGCCUGCACACUUGUUGUACGAGACUCUUGACAAUGCCGAGGAGGGCAUUGAGAAGAUCCCUCACACCAACCAAUUUCGGUUCCUCGACAAAGCUGCCAUCAUAGACUACGAGCAAUUUGAAGCCCAGCUAUGUAAAACUGGAAAUCCGGCGACGGUGACACAGGUUGAGGAGGUCAAAUGCGUGCUGCGCAUGUUGCCCAUUGCAGCCCUCACCAUAAUCUUCUACACCGUGUACGCGCAAAUGCUGACAUUUUCAUUAGAGCAAGGCGAAACGAUGGUGCGCAACGAAUUAGGGUUCAACAUUCCGCCCGCUAGUCUCGCGGUGUUUCGCGAGAUAAGCGUCGUGUUCAUCCUGUCGAUUUAUGGGCCCCAAUUAGUCCCCCUCCUGCGACGAUUCACGGGGCACCAUCGUGGUCUCACCACUCUCCGACGGAUUGGCGUUGGCCUGCUCUUUUCAUGCCUCUCCAUGCUUGCGGCCGCAAUAGUGGAGUGGCAACGCCGACGCAUAGCGCACCAGCACGGUCUCCAAGACAAACCAAAGGCCAUUGUUCCGAUGAGCGUGUUCUGGCUCGCGCCACAAUUUAUGUUGCUCGGCGCUGGCGAGGUAUUUACGUACGUAGGCCAGCUCGAGUUUUGCUACCAGGAGUCACCGCUUGGGAUGCGAAGUAUGUCCACAGCUGUCUUCCUGUGCACUAUUUCCUUCGGGUUCUUCACGAGCAGCUUCCUCGUGUCGACCGUCAACCGUGCAACACAGAGUGGGCCUCAUCACCAGGGCUGGCUCGUGACAAACCUGAACAGCGCACGGCUUGAUUACUUCUACUAUGUUCUUCUCAUCAUCACGCUCUUGAAUUUCGUGGGAUUUGUCUUUUGUGCGAAGUGGUACACGUACAAAGCUUCUGCAAUGGAGGAGUCGGCAACAAAGCCCGUCACAGGGAAACUCCCGUUAUCUGCAGACUCGGAUGUCCGUAAUGAUAAAUGAAACUAGCGGGCUCUGAACCGCAAUUUUCGGUGUAACUCAUUGUGGACACGACCUCAUUCGACAUAGUGAUAAACUGCUCCUGGAAAGCUCGGCUGUAACGGAAAACUAAUGAAUUGGGUGCCCGCUGGGACGAACCGAUUGCUAUCGAAAGCCAGCUGCGGCCAGAAAGGUGACGAUUUAAGGUAGUAAGAACCGGCAGAAUCGUGCAUCGUGUGGAAGUUGUGUCUUGCAAACGAAUAAAAUCAACUCUUCUACCUGUCUA